AUGCCAAAAGUUCCAACCAACGUUCGAAAACACCACAUAAUUCAAUGCAACAACAUUCAUCCCACUCACCACAAGAUCAUCUUUGAACCCAAACUACUCAAUGCACAACAACUCGCAAAGGAACAUCCCCGAACCUUUUCAGCACCCUCCGUGGCUGAUUUGAUGAAAGUAAAAUCGGGAUCGAUGGUGAAAGUGUGUGAUGGACAAGAGAGAUUUUGGGUAGAGGUGUUGAAGAAGGGAUCUUUGAAAUAUUUGGUUGGAAGGAUUGAUAAUGGUUUGGUGGGUGGACAGGAAUAUUCGUAUGGUGAUUGGAUCUUGUUUAAGAGAGAGAAUAUCUAUGAAAUUUAUGAGGAGGAGGAGGAGGAGGAUGGAGGUGAGAAGGGUGGUAUCCAUGAUGAUGAUGAUGAGAAUGAUGACGACGAUGAUGAAUGGGUAGAUGAUGAUGAUAAACAAUAG